AUGUUAUAAUAAAAAAAUACAAGUUUUUCAGUCAAUAAUAAGAAAAUCUAUUAUUUUUUACUAGUCUUCCCCUUAAUCUUAGUUGGAUUGUUAAUUUGUUGCAUUUAUUAUAACUAGGGAGUUUAAAUGUUGUUUUUGUCAUUUUUUGAUUAAGUAAGUAUAAUUAUAUAAAUAGUGCAAAUAAAUAAAUUUAGAAGCUGGAAUAAACUUAUUAAUUUUGGGUGUUGCUAUGAUUCUGUUGAUGAUGCCUUUUGCUUUAUUUGAAUUUGCAAUUGCAUAUGCUUGCUCUGAUUAUAUUACUCCAAUUUUAAUCGUUACAGCGGCUAAAAUGAUUGGUGAGUAUUCAAGCUUCUUCAUAGGAAAAGAGUUAUCUUUCUUCCUAAAAGGGUUACUUUAGGAAUUCAAAUUUUUUAAUGCAAUCGAAAAGUUAACUCAACGGAAGCCUUAUAAAACACAAUUUUUAAUGAGAAUGUCAGGUGUUACACCAUAACUUAUUAUGAAUUAUGGAAUGGGUGUGCUAAGUACUGUAAGCUUUAAGUCUUUUGUUAUAAUUCAAACGAUUGUUGGAUUUCCCAGCACAGUUUUAGCCGUAUUUGUAGGAAAACAAUUCCAUAAAAUAAAAGGUAUUUUUAUAUAAAUUUUUAGAUAUUUUUGAAACCAAUAAUUAAAUAGAUAAUCAAAAUGUUCUUUAUGCUGAAGUUGGAAUUAUAAUCUUUGCAGGACUUAGCAUUGCUUUGCUAAUUUACUAUGUAGGAAGAGAAUACACAAAAGUAUUGAGAGAAGAAGUUCUUCUUGAAAAAAAGGAAGAUCUAGAUAAAGAACUUGAUAAAUAGAUUGAUAAUGAAAAUGAAAAAACUUGGGAAGAUAUUGAAUUAUAAAGUGCAAUAUGA